AUGCGUUUCUCCAUCUUGUGUAUGCUUCUGGCAUGUCUGAUCGAGAUCCAUGCCGAGCCCAUUCCCACGGUGGAUAACCUUGUCCGCCGAGGCCAAUCCACCAAGGACAAGAACAAGAAUAAGAGCACCUGCAAGACUCUGACGACGACCAAAACAAGCGUGAUCACGAGCAUCAUCUCGAAGCCCGCAACGACCAAGGUCCAGACGACCACCAAGUACUCAACAACUACGAAGUACUCAACAACCACCAAGUAUUCAACAACGACGAAGCCGGCCGAGACCAAAACGAUCUCCACGUGCGAGACCACGCCAACGAUCACGAAGACUGAGACUCAACCAGGAACCACCGAAACGAUCUCCAAGUGCGAGAGCACGCCAACGAUAACAAAAACUGAGACGCAAAUCCAGACCCAAACGAAACCGGCAGAAACGGAGACCAUCACAAAGACCCAGCCUGCAGAAACCAAAACAGAGACUCAGUUCCAGACCGACACUAAAACGGAAACAAAAACGGAGACGAAGCAGACGACUUGCGAGACCAAGCCCGCAGAAACCAUCACGAAGCCCGCCGAAACUAAGACGGAAACGAAGGCGGAGACCAUCACAAAAUGCGAGAAUACGGCUAAGGAGACGAUUACUAAGACUGAGACCAAGGAACAGACUAAGACCGAGACCAAGGAACAGGAGACUAUCACAAAGUGCCCGGAUUCUCCUCCAUCCACGACGACCAAGACGGUGGUUUCGACCUACACCUCCUGCAAGAAGUCUUGA